AUGCGUUCAUGCAAGAUUGUUCUUUCUCUCACAGCACUAGCUCCUGUGCUAGCGAUGCCAGCUGUGAGCAGCUGGGAUAUCGCCUCAAAUGAGCCUUUGGACUUUGGACACGACUUUUUGGUCUUUACCAAAGUCCCUCUGGAGUCGUAUGACUCGGCUGCUAUGAUUCCGGUUGCUUCACUCAAUCUGGACGAUGGCGAGUUCGAUAUGGAGACAUCCAACGUGACCACUGAUUCCAUGGCUGAGCCUCGCGCAGCUAGGAGGACCGAAGUCGACUACAGCAAGACCCAGGUCGACUACGGCUGCGAGGCCUCCAUCAGAAAGUCCCUAGGCGACGCCAUCCACUCCCUCUGCGGCAACGGCAAUUGUGACGGAGGCUCUGUCUACACCCGCAAGGUUGUCCAUAUGAACAAGAGCCGUCGUCAGGAAGCCUGGCUUCGGAUCCAGGUCAAAGGCCAAUGUCAAGGGCGCCAUGCGCGAGGCUACAUCGCCGACGCCGUCAAGAAAACGGUGAAUGAUAAGACUGCCAAGCCAGCUACGCGACUCUGGCUUCCUACGAGCCCGCACCUUCAGGCUCAGAGAUGUGUCAUGUCGAAAUUCAGUAACUACAUCCCCAUAAACAAGGACUUUGGCGAAAAGGUCCAUAUGGAGAUUAACGUCUCGCUCCACACUAGUAACUCCAAUUGUCUUGGACCAACUACUCUUAAAGAAGUCGCCAGUGCUUUUGGGGGCGUCGGCGGUUCUUUUUUCGGCUCAGUAUUUGCAGGCAUGGCCGGGUGUUGA